AGUCAAAUAGUCCAAUACUCAUUUCAGUUUCAGUUGGGGGUUCUCUCUCUCUCAAGCUCAACCAUGGCUUCCCCAGCACCGCCAAGCCCAGGCACAGUCGUCCAAAACCCUAAGAAAUCGCUGGGUUUAUUUGCAAACGCAAUGAAGCGCAAAGACAGCUUCAUUCAGUUCGCCGCCAUGGCGGGAAUUUUGCUCUUGAGCGCCAGAUCGCUGGGCCAGAAGUACCGCAUCAAGGACCUCGAGGAGGACACGUCAGCGCUCAGGGAGGAGCAACAAUCCCUAACCGAGCGCAUGAACAACAUCAAGCAAUCUCUCCUCCACGAGGCCUCUCUCGACCGCACCGGCCGCUUCGCCGCCAGGCUUCGCCUUCUCUUCUCCGAUCAAGACUGAUCGGAACCGAAAUAGCGAUUGUACUGUGAGUUUCGGAUUUUUUUGAUUUUUGAUUCGUUUUGAGUUUAGGGUUUUUGCUCCUUAGAGGUCAGUGAAAUGUCCUACAGAUGAUAUAUAACUAUUUGGAGUCUAAAAUCCAUGAAUUUAAAGGCUUUUAGGGUUUCUAAAA